CGGACAAGCACUCCACUUCGACACAUCAGAUUCUGGCCCGGAACGCAUACACGAUAGUCACUGCAGUUCAAGUGUCAAAUCUCUUCAACUAGCUUUAUUUCUGCGCCGGCCUCAGACACUAGCAGAAUUCAAUCACUUUGCUCGACCGCGCCUACCGACCUUUUGCGGAAGCACCUACAACGCCAUCCUCCUCAUAACCAUGUCGUACGAAAUGUCUAACAAAGGCCCUACGCGGGUUGGGGAAAGAGCAUUCAACCACAAUCAAUCACAAAGCGCCGAACAAGAGUACGAUCGGCUGCGCGACCUCGCACGUCAAGAGGCCGACAAGCGCUCGUCAUGCUUUGCCAGAUCACAGCAGGCAUACGCCAGCGGGGAUGGAGCUGCGGCUCAUGCCCUGUCACAAGAAGGAAAGAACCAUGGUGCAAAGAUGGAGCAAUACAACAAGCAGGCCUCCGAGUUCAUCUUCCGAGAAAACAACGCCGAGGGCAGAGUGCCGCCGGACACGAUUGAUUUACAUGGUCAGUUUGUUGAGGAGGCUGAAGACAUCUUGGAAGAGCGCAUCCGCUAUGCGCAAUCGCAUGGCCAGACACAUCUGCGUGUCAUUGUCGGCAAGGGCAACCAUAGCCCUGGGCACGUUCAAAAGAUCAAACCUCGAGUCGAGCAGGUCUGUCGGGAGCUUGGGCUACAGUAUCAAACUGAACCCAACGAAGGACGGAUCUUGAUCAAUCUGACUGGAGGUGCCGUGGACAUGAACCAUGCCAACAACAACAACUGGGCACCCAACCAACAACAAGGCUCCUACCAACAAGGCUACGGCCAGCAACCUCAUCAACAGCAACAGCAACAGCAACAGCAACAACAAGGAGGCCAGAAUGGAGACAUCGAAAAGAUGGUCCGAAAGUUCCUUCCCAGAAUCCUGAGAAAGUUGUUGAGAAUAUUUUGCAAAUGAAAUUUGCACUUUGGAUGAUAUCAAAUGUGGAGUUCUAAGUGAGGAUCGAACGGCAUUUUCUCACCCUCGGCUGUUGAAAUUGUCCACGCCCAAAAGCAAUCAACUCACCUUCUCUCGGUAGCCCUUUGGCGUACUUGGCCGGACUUGAUGAGCUGGAUAUCGCAACAAUAAUCGCCCUGAACAUGAAUUCCUGACCCAGAAAUGGUGGUGUUGGCGAGAAUCCAGUCUCCGCCCGGCCAAGAAGAAAAUCCCAUUCAAGCGACUGAUAAGAAUGAAUUGACAUUGGCCUCGUGCUAACGACGCAUCAAGUCUAUGCCGACGGCCAACCAGCAAGAAUACUAGACUCCAACUGCCCAACGCGCAACGCUUUGGACCCCGUUAUCUAGACCGCUUUACUUUAUAUCAUGUUGGGCUUAAUGCAAUGCACAUGCCUGGCAUACCAACACACAAGCACGCGACAAAAGGUUGCACACAUUUCGCAUAUUGCGAGCAACCCUAUUUGUUCUGCAUACUUGGCUAGAUAGCACUCCAAGUUCAGUUCCAGUAAAGGGUGGCCCGAGAGCCCGAGGGCUCCUCGG